AUGACUGAUACUGACGCAGCUGGGUUGAGAGCUUUCAGCGCUCGAUAUGAUCUCAAAGAUUUCCAUGCUGGUGGAGAAGAGCUAGCCCCAAACAUCCGGCUUUGCAAUAUAGUGGAAGAAUUGGUGAAGUGGUUCGCAGAUUAUGUCUGUUCACCGUUUUGGGAGCAGUACAAGCAGGAUUGCCUUGAUGAGGAAUUGGAGACCGCCAGCAGAGAUGGUGUCAACCUAGCACAUGGGCUCAGCUUUAUCGCUAUCUGGAAUAGGCUGUUUAACGACGCGUGUACCGGACACAUGACUUUUUCGAAUCCAGAACCUCAAGGCAAAAGCGGCUGGGGUGCAACAGAUCAUCUUGCACACUUCAUAUUGCAGGUGGCGGAUAUCAACUUAUACAACCGCGACGGAAGCUUCUACGGACAAGGAACAAUCAUGAAUCAAAUGUGGUGGAUCAUCUGGCAAGCAUACCUCUACAAGCGUGCGGAAGAAGUAUCCAAACUCGACACUGCACUGCCAACAAUUUCCGAUCAGUCUGAUCAUCCAGAAAGACAGCAAGAUGUGGACACAGAAAUGAUCAACCAGGCAGGCCUUCUGAAUCAGCCUACUCCCAAUCGUCUCGGCAGUCACCCUGAUGCUCCAAUCGUGACUUCUGAUUCAGAGAACGAAGAAUCCACCAAUCAAACCACGUCAAGAGCUGGUGAUAUCCCUGAUGGCCCGGCCGGCCAAGGUUUCUGA